AUCAGCAACUGGCAGGGACCUUCCAGUUGCAACAAGCUGAUAGCGGCGAUGGGGCAGGGCGACGGCAGCCCUCCGCGGCACUGAGCGCCCGACUAGCCAGUAGCCACGCUCUUUGCCCUCUUUUCAGCCCGAAAAAGGUGCCGGACGCUUUGGGGAGAGGGAUCGCUGCCCCGCGCUCGGGGGCGCGCGUUCUCUCUCUCUCUCUCUCUCCUAGCGCAACUUGCCCAGCGGAUUCUUCCCCGCCCCUUUCCGAUCCAUCCAUGCCCCGACCUGAACUUUAGCUGCCCCGGGGGCUCCGCGGAGGGAGCCACCCUAAAGCUCGGAAGCCGCGGAGAUGAUUUGAAAGCUCGGGGGAGGGGGCGAAAAAGGGGGAGAAGCGCGACCGCCGAGGUGGGGGGAGACUUCGGAAGAUGAGCCACGCAGAUCUUACAAAACCACCACUGGCUCCCAAACCAAAGAUCUUCAGUCAUCUGGCUUCCAUAGCUGCUUCCAAAUUUCCUCAAUCACUAUCAAGGGCUGGCACACUUCACAAUUCAAACUCUAUGUCUAGGGGUCCAAAACCACCCAUUGCUCCCAAGCCAAAAAUCUCUGCUGACAACGAUCCCGCAAUUUUACAGAGAUCCAACGUUUAUGCUAAUAAUACCUUUAACAAAUAUCCCAACGGAAAACUGGAAGCAGAACUGUAUGAAGAAAACCAGUGCAACAACACGGAGGGUCCAGAACCAGAAGACAGCAAUGAAUACAUUGUAAUUCCUGAUGUUGAACUGACUGAUAAAACAUACAGUGACUUUGAGCAGGAGCCAGCUGUGAAUGAGAUUUUACACACUCUUGGACCCGUAGGUGAAGAAGAUGGUAAUUGUAAGGAUAGCAAUGACGUAGGCGAUGGCCCAAUAAAUGUAAUGAAGAACAAGGAUACUGAGUCAGUGGGAGACAACUCUGUGGAAUCAACUGAAAUCCCAGCACUUGAUUCCCCCGAAUUUGAAAGUGAAAAAGAAGAUGGUACAAGAGAUGAAUAUGAAAAAGUGGACAGUGAAAAUCCUCCCAGCGAGAUCCAAAUGAACUGUGCAGAUGAAACUCUAAGCAAACUGGAUUUGAUAAAUGAUAACAAUGAAUAUAACAUGGACAGAAAAAUAUUGAAUGGGGAAUCUUUGAAAGAAACUAUAUAUGAUGAUAUCAUUUUAAGGCAUUUAGAGGAGCCAAUAUCAGCAGGGGAAGGUCUGCCUCUAAUCUGCAAAGGUUUAAAUGCAAUACAGUUUUUAGAAGAGGAACAAUUAAAUACCGAUCUAGAAUUGGGCCCAGCAAAUCACAACGAUAAUAAUUCAGCCUGGAGCAGAGAAAGAAAACUUACAGAAGAUGCUGAUGUAAAUACUGAUGCUCAGAUUGCUAAUGAUUCUGAAGUAGACACGGAGUUAGAGCCAAGUGGGUCUGAGCCUGGUAUUGAGACAUUUAGCGGGGCCACUGAUGAAAUGGAUGAAAAGGAAGAUGAAAUAGAUCUAAAUCCUCAAGGAGAAGAUCUUGACAACGUUUGCCAAACUACUGAAGUGAAGAAUGUAGUGGAAAUACCAGAGACUGAAUGUGAAACAGGGGAAGGUUUUGGAGAACAAAAUGAAACGAUAGACACAGAGACCAUAGACGAUAGCUGCCAGAUCAUUCCCUUUGGGAAUGAGGGCAGUGAGGAUGCUCAGGAUUCUCCAGAUGAAGAUCUGGGUGAAGAUUUGUCAGAAAAAGAGACUGAAAUGCCUGAUAAUAACAUGUCCCUCAGUUCUGAAGAUACUAAUGGGCAUAAGUCUGACUCACAGCUUAAGUCAGAUGUUUUACUUGGAGAUCACAGUGCAAGUGAAUGUACUUUAGAAGAUACACAUUUGGCUCACCAAAUACUUGAGGAGGAUCAUAACAAUAAAGAGGAAACUGCCCCAAAUCCAACCAGAGAAACAUCAACUGAAAAUUCUGGGCUUUCUACUGGAGAAUUGGCUAAGCUGGAAAUAAACUCAGCCAAUGAAUGUGUGAUUGAAGAAGGCACAGUGGUCUCCAAAGUGUUGUUUGGGCCCGAUAGCAAUGGAGAAGUAGCCAGUGAUUCCCUAGAUGACCCAUAUGUCCUUGGAGACACUUUGCCUACAGCAAAUGAGAUUCUUUAUGCUGGAAGAGAAACGCAGGAGGCUGAUAUCCAAAACAGCUCAAGUGAUUUCAGGGAGGGAGAGAACACAGAAAAUGAAAACCACUUGCUUUCCAUAGAUCGGAAAAACAUUGUUACUAGAACAAGGUCCCAUUCUGGGAAAGUACCUGGUUAUGUGCCAGAAACAGUUCCAGAAGAAACAGGGACCGAUGCUGAAUUGCAGACAUUGAGCACAAACACCAUGAUUACUGAAAAUGUAAGACACAGUUUAUGUUGGGCAGAAGGAAAACCUAUAGAGCUGGCUAGAACGCUGCCUGCAAAGCCAAGGCGCUUCAUUUUGUACCCUCGAUCUUAUUCAGUGGAAGGCAGAGAUAUCCCCGUCGCUCUGUAUCGAGAAACCGAUAACUCUAUAUUAGAUUAUAACAGAUUAAACAGGACAGAUGAGCUGGCUUUGCCAUAUGUAAUUGGUUCCUCGGGUAGCUUUUCCCAGAGGAAUCACCUUACAUCCAGUGGGGUUUCCACGCCUUCCUCUGUUGUCGAUAUUCCACCUCCCUUUGAACUAGCCUGUAUCACCAAGAAGCCCAUCACAAAAAGCUCCCCCUCACUUUUAAUAGACAGCGAAUCUCCUGAUAAGUAUUGCAAGAAAAAGAAGUCCUCGUUUAAAAAAUUUCUCACUUUGAAAUUCAAGAAGAAGGCAGAAAACAAAGUCCAUGUAGAUGUUCAUGUUUCUUCUUCAAGAUCCUCCUCCGAGUCUAGUUAUCACGGACCUUCCAGGGUGAUGGAACUGGACAGAAGAAGCUUGAGUAGUUCACCUCAGCUGUUAUCACGGACUGCCAAACUGAGGGCUUCGGAGUCUCCAACUGUUCUCUUCUAUAAGGACGGCAAGAGAAAAGGAACACCCAAAAUGUUUAGCAGAAGUGUGUCAAGGGUAGAGUCAUUUGAAGAUCGUUCGAGGCCACCUUUUAUGCCGCUGCCUUUAACGAAGCCCCGGUCUAUUUCAUUUCCCAAUGCUGAUACUUCUGACUAUGAGAAUAUCCCAGCCAUGAAUUCUGAUUAUGAAAAUAUACAAAUACCUCCACGAAGGCCCACUAGGGCAGGAACCUUUACUGAAUUUUUUGAAGAUCCUAGCAGGGCCUUGUCUGCUGCAAAUGAGAAUGACGGCUAUGUGGAUAUGAGCAGCUUUGCAGCCUUUGAAAACAAUAAGCAGCAAGCCACUAACCAGGAAACAGAAAGUGCUUAUACAGAGCCUUACAAGGUGUGCCCCAUCUCUGUAAUUCCUCUUGAAGAUGUCACAUCUGAUGAGGAACAGAAAAGUUCAGAAGAUGAAGAGAGUAAUCAAGGAGAUUCCAAUAUCAUCCACAAGAAAGAAGGGCAAUCCAGAGCACAACUUGUUGCCCAGGAACUUGUGUCAUCAGAAAAAGUGUAUGUGGAGAUGCUCCGGCUGUUACAUACGGAUUUCCAUGAAGCUGUCUUAAAAGUGCUGGGAGAUGAGUGUGAUAAUGAUCAUGAAGAAACAAAGCUUAAGGAAGGACUGAAGGAAAUCCCAGAAAUCUACAAUUUACACCAAGAAAUACUGGGGGAACUGGAAGAAAAAGUGCUUAACUGGGAAGAACAUCAGAAAGUGGCUGAUAUUUUCCUCUCCAGAGAAUCAGGAUUUAAUCACCACACAACUUAUAUAAUGCAGUUUGAUAGGAAUUUGGCUUUGCUGGAUGAUGUUCGCCUUAAAUCUUCCCAGCUGGAUACUGUCAUUAAAACGUUUGAGCAGAUUCAUGAUGGCAGUCCCUUGAAUGUGAAACACCAGCUCCUGAAAGUGGUGCAGCACAUAUUCCAGUACCAUGUGCUACUCACAGCGGCCUUGCUCAUCAUAUCAGAACUUACAGAUAGAGCCAAUGAUAGCAUACAACAAGGGGAAAAUUUGCAGAAAUUGGUACAUAUAGAGCACAGCGUCAAGGGGCAGAGCAACCUUCUACAACCAGGAAGAAAAUUUCUGAAAGAAGGGACAUUAAUGAAAGUGUCUGGGAAAAAUAGGCAUCCUCGACAUUUAUUCUUGAUGAAUGAUGUCCUGCUGUAUACAUAUCCCCAGAAGGAUGGCAAAUAUCGCCUUAAAAACACAUUGGCUGUGUCGGACAUGAAGGUCAGCCGUCCAGCAACAAAAAAGGCUCAGAAUGUUCUGAAGAUUGAAUAUGCUGAUAAUUGCUUAACUCUAUCUGCAAGCUCAUGCUCUGAAAGGGAUGAGUGGUACAGCUGCAUCAGCAGAAGCAUCCCAGAAGACCAUGGGGCUCACAGCGGAGGUGGCUUUCACAACAGUGUUGAACUGAGGGAAAGGCUGGGAAUGUCUUUGGGUGAGAGGCCACCAACUUUGGUACCUGUAUCUCACGUCAUGAUGUGUAUGAGCUGCGGUUGUGACUUUAAACUCACACUGAGGCGUCACCAUUGCCAUGCAUGCGGGAAGAUUAUUUGCCGAAAUUGUUCAAGAAACAAGUAUCCUCUGAAGUACCUCAAAGACCGACUAGCAAAAGUUUGUGAUGGCUGCUACACAGAACUAAAAAGCAGAGAGCGGCCAAUAAGCAUAAGCUUCCCUACAAGUUCAUCCAGGUUUUCAGGCAGUGCCUUCUCUUCUGUGUUCCACUACUCUUCCUUCAAAAGGCAAAAGAAAAUUCCUUCAGCUCUUUUGGAGGUGGCAGCUUCAGGAGAAGGUUCUUCUAUCAAUGGGUAUCUCAGCAGAUGCAAGAGAGGGAAAAGGCACUGGAAAAAGUUAUGGUUUGUUAUCAAAGGAAAAGUGCUCUACACAUAUACAGCAAACGAAGACAAAGUCGCCACUGAGAGUAUGCCUUUGCUGGGUUUCACAAUUGUCCCAGAAAAGGAAGAACGAAAUAUGGAUGCAGUUUUCCAUCUUUACCACAAGCAAACUCUGUUUUAUAGCUUCCGAGCAGAGGAUAAUAAUUCAGCACAGAGAUGGAUUGAAGCCAUGGAGGAAGCAUCUAUAUUAUAGCAUCAUCCAAGUGGAUUCUGAUUUAAUGCAAGAUUACCCAUAUAUUGGAAAGAACAAUAUAUAUAAUCCAAAUCUGGCUAAACAUAUGAAAAAGAAUAUGUAAAAGCCUAUAAUUUUCCAUUCUUAAACCUAUCUCCUUGCUGAUGGAAACAAAACAAAGGGAAUAUUUAUGGACCCUUUUUAUCUUUGCAGGUUCAUCAUUAAACUGUGCUCUCACCUAACAGUUGCAUCAUGUUUUCAAGAAGUUAAACAAACAUAACAUUUUUCUAAAAGAGUUGUUUACUCAUAACACUGUUUUAUUUUCUUUAAGAUAACAACAAUUUGUGCCAGUCAUAAAACUGAGGGUUUUUUACAUUAAAAUUGUGUUGCCUUUCUUCUUUCUUAAAAGAGUUUUACACUGGCAUGCAGUUAAGAAUGCUAGAAUGAAGAGAUAUACAUAAUUUCCACCAUAGAAAGUAUGCAAAAAUCCAUUCCCAGCUGGCAUUUUAGUGGUUAUAGACCUUCUAUGGUAACUGUAUAGUAUUUCUCAUAAACAGUGGUAACAGCUUAGCUUUGUUUAUUAGGACUCUUAAUCCACUCCAAAUUCCAAUCCAGUUCUUAUGAAGACUGUACCAAUUUCUACUCCAAAGGAUAUGAAAACAUUAAUUUAUUAUAAGCCUUUACAUUUUGUUUAAAAUUGAUUUACGGUAUCUAAAUUAUAUUAUUUUAAUAGUGGAAAAGAGCAGAUCUUAUUUAUAAAUCUUAUUCCUAAAAUAUAAUUCUAAACCCAAAACAGGCAUCAACUUCAGAAAGGGAGAGCAUUUAACUAUAUUUAUUCAGUAAACUAAAAAAAGCUCUGGAAAGUCUUGCCUAAAUCUUAUCUUCAACAAUUAUAUAGGAUGUCAGUCUCCAAUUUUGGAGCAACCAAUAUUGUUAAUGCUAUUAUGUUAUUAUCAGUUCAAAAAUGAUAGUUCAGAUUCCAUUGUAUUUAGUCAGCUGAUCAAAUGCAAGCAUACUGUAGUUGUUGCUAUAACUACUAUUUCUAAUAAAGUACAUGGAUGGUGUUUGGCGGUAGCCAUAGCUCCUCAUGACUGCAUUCAUAUAAUAUGCUUAACCAGGUCAAUUAAAGUCUUAACAGCUGCAUUUGUACAAAAUGCUGAAUUAGUGUUAGCCUUGAUUUGCUUUUGCAUGACUAAACGAACUCAGAUCAGUUCGUUUACAGUCCAGUGAAUCUCACAAUCCUGAAUAUGAGUUAAUUGGUUAAUUCGCUAACCAAGUUAUGAUGUUCUAUGAUGGCAGACACAUUAUACUCCAGGGAGUACAAGUAACCAAGGUCUUUAAAGUUUUGCUCUCAUUAAAGUUUAGAUUAUGUGCAUAACCUAAAGGCCAGGUUUUAAAUAUAACAGGUUGAUGCAAAGCAUUUUAAAAAAUGUAUAAAUGUAAGCAGAACACCCCUCCUUGAAACAUUACUGUAAAGCAAAGCAGCCGUGUCUUCUUGAAAAUUUGCAGAGUUGCUUCGAAGGCUUCCCUCAGUUGGCAAUGCAGCCACAAAAAACUACAAACUGAGACUCACUGAGACUACAAACAAAACUAAUAGGUGCCCCAUAUGUGCCCAGAUAGUCUGAAACACUCAUAUGAGCCUUCCAAAGAAUGCAGCAGCCUGAACCCAUGUUCAUUUAUAUCAACACAUGUCCCAAACC